AUGCGAGGGGUGAUAUGGCGCUCCAAGACAGCAGUCAGCGGCAUGCCCCUAGCAGUGGCGGCGGAGGGUUUCCUCAGCAAAGGCUCCCACAACUGGUUGUGGAAGUUCUUGACGGUUUUAGAUACGGUAUUGGCCAAAUCAGGCCUCUCCGAUGUUGAUUUUCUUCUUCCACUGAUGGAUGAGGUCAUGGAGCCUCGACCCAAGACUUCCAAGGUGGACGUUGUACCUUUGGACGUCGAUGAAGUCCUGGUGGGACGAUAUCGGGCAGUUGUUCAUGCAUUAGUGCGUGCCGGCGAUGAUGAAGAUUGGCGUCCUCGGUGGCAAGGAUUUGAAGAUGUUCUCCAGGAAUGGUCAUCUUCUACUCCUCUGUCGGUAUUCCAAAAGGCUUGCCUCCGCACGGCAUUUCAGUCACUCCAACCUCAACAAGGACCCAGUGCAUCGGCUCUCUCAACCCCGACAUUGAGCACUACCACGCCAGCAGGGUCUUGGGCAGAAGCCUUUCCUCCCAAAUUGGAGAAUGCCGUGUUGCAGGCGAUGAAACAAAAAUUCAUGGCCAACUAUCCAUCCGAGUUGAUCCAUGCGGACCUUUUUCCGUCGACCAGAUUAGUGAGCCUAGUUCAUGACCAGCUCUCCAAGAAGGUUUGGAAGUGGGUGCCAUGGAAGUAUCGCAUCUCGCUCACCAGGUCAGAAGAGAUCUCUAGCAAUCGAGCUCAGAAGAUGCCAAAAAUUGACCACUUGGGGCUCCACUCCUUGUUGUUUGAUGAUCCUCCUUCAAUUGACGUGUCCAACAACGCCAUGGGGGUGAACUCAAUUCGCAAUAUGCUUGAGGUUCAUGAUCGGGCCAUCGCCUUGUGCCAAGGAGCUCACCUAGCCAAUCUCAAGGGCAAGGUUCAAUGGCUCACGGAGAUUCAACGGGAUGGUGGCUUCAAGCAACUAUGCAUGCGAUAUCAGGUGGGCAAGUGUCAGAAUCCCAACUGUUUCACCAUGCAUGAUCCAUUCAAUGAGGUUGACUCCGUGGAGACCCUCCCAGUGCAUGAUGUGGACCCAGUUCAAGACUUCGCUCCACCUAUUGAUAGUUUUACCCCGGGCCGUUUGCCCCAACCCGAGCAGGUAGGUUAUGGAGCGGCCAGCCCUUCCUGCUGUGAAUACAGCAGACUCAAACUUCGAGAUGAUGACGGUCCCAAAGCUCUACGAUCACCGGAACACUUGUCCGGUCUGCCUAAUCUUACACCCUGGGAACUGCAACGGGUCCAAGAGAGCUUUAUGAUGCUCUCUCGCUGCGUUGAGGUCCUCACCCUGGUUUUUCAAGCAGGCGGGCAUGUCCACCUUGAACAACCCUUGAACGCCAUGUCAUGGUUAGAGAAGGUAGUACGCCAAUUUCUGCAAUUGAUUGGGGCUUCCUGUAUCAACGUGGCAGCUUGCGCCUACGAAAUGGAUGUUUACAAAGCUUGGAUGUUUGCCUCGAGUUUUACAGGUCUUCGACCAUUAGGUCUCCGAGACGAUUCUGGUGCUUUUGCCAGUAGGGCGACGGCACAAUACCCACAGAAACUGGCACAGUUAUUUGCAAAUCUUGUGGCCCCAUUACUGGACACAUCAGCGUUGGACCUACAAUGGUCCUCUCUGGAUGCCCUCAUGCCCACCAAGAUCAUCUCUGAGCGAUUGGAUAAGAUCCUACUGGCUCAUGUGGCGUCGGGCAACCCUUCACCACCGUUUUCGAUGGAGAUUCUGACCCCAUUCAAGGAUGAUCUGGAGAAAUUCUUGGAGGCACAGGGACAUCCACCAGAUUGGUCAGUUCGACAACAUCAGCCAAUACAUCUUCAUAUUUUACACUCUUUACAGAAGAUUAUGCACGACGUCGAUUUUACAUUAUUACCCAGUCUAUUAGAAGGUGUCCGAACCGGUUUUUCCACGGCGAUUCCUCCGUCGGGUAUUUUUCCACCUAAAGAACGUGCGGAUAUAGAACCCGAUCCAUUGUCAGCCCACCUCUCCAACUGGCAGAGCGCUGAAGAAGAUCUACCAUUAACACGAGAACUGGUUCAGGAGGAAAUUGACAAGGGUUGGGUUUUUGCGUAUAAAGGUUCUUUGGAAGAAGCGCAACAAGAAUAUCCGGCCGGUGUUGCUAUUGGAAAAUUGGGAGUGGCUCGAUCGGAUAGUCGAGCCCCCCGAUUAGUUGUGGACUCCAGCGUAUGCGGCCUCAAUGGUCGGUGUAUCAUUCCGGAGAGGUCCACCCUCCCGACUGCCAAGGAGGUGUUACGUAGCUACCCUCUACGUCAGUGUCAGAGAAAUCUGAUGGGCUUCUCUUUAGACGUUAAAGCCGCUCAUAAAAGAAUAGUUCUACAUCCAGACGAAUGCGGACUGGUUGGCUUUUCGCUAGAAGGGCAGCUUUUCUUCUAUAGAGUUACCCCAUUUGGUGCAGUUUUCUCUGCCUUUUGGUGGGCGAGAUUGGGUGGACUCCUUCUCCGUAUAUUUCACCACUUGAUCUGGUUGAGUCACGCUGGAUUUUUAUAUGUGGAUGACUUCUUAUUUUUUAUGGAAGCCAACAUGAUGCCGCUGUCGGCCACAUUGCUGUGUAUUUUCUGCCAACUUUUGGAAAUUCCUAUCAGCUGGAAGAAGACGGCCAUGCACUCUUCCAUUGACUAUAUUGGCUGGAAAUUCAAUUUCAAUGCAGGUAUUGUGACAAUCCCCACUGAAAAGAUCCUCAAACUCCGAGGGUACAUCGAACAUCUUGUUUCCCAGCCACGAACUACUCGUAAGUCUUUGGAGAAACUCAUUGGCCUGGCAAUGUGGAUUACUCAAUUAUUUCCACUCAUGCGGAUCUGGAUCCACUAUUGGUACCACGACCUCUACACCAUCCCGGCGACACAUUUCAGUAUUGAUGCUGGUACAUGGCCUCGCAUUCAUCAAUAUUUAACCCCUACUUUGACUUUUCAUACAGCACCUUUGGGCUCCGCUAUACCUAUUUCAGGUAAGCUCAUCGCAGUUCGACAUCAAGCAGUAUCCUCAUUGGCGGAUCUGACGUCGUUACAUAUCAAAACAGAGAACAGGAUUUGGUUACGAAUUAUCAAUCCGAAUUCCUCCAAACGCAAGCUUCGUCCUGAUUCUCUUUGA